AUGGCCUACGGUGAAGAAUGUGAAAAGGGUAAGACAGUGCGUGUAUGUGUGGCAUGCAAGUGCUUGAACCAAGGUGAGUGUGAUGCCAAAGGUGAAUGCAGCUGCACCAGGGGAUUAACGGGCCACCAUUGCCAACUCGUUGUGUGCGAGGAACCCUGGGUGAAAAAGAGCAAAGUGUGUGAAUGUCAACCGGGACUAGAUGGACCCAACUGCACAGAAGUAUGUAAUUGCUUGAAUGACGGUCAGUGCACUGACGAUGGCAGUUGCAACUGCCGGAACGGUUUCCAUGGAGACAAGUGUCAGCAUACUUUCAAGACAAAGUGCCUGGGUACAGAUAACGCAACGUACACCUGGAUGGCUCUCGCCAGCUUGCCGUGUCAUCCACACCUCGACCGUGACAGCUGCCAGAAGAAAACGAACUUGACGCAUGCCCGCCAGAUGUGCACAAGAAGAGGAUACAACGUGGUAGACCAUGAUUCCUUCACCAAUCAGACGCUUGGCGUGCGCGACUGCAUGGGAGCAUUGCUCAACGAGAUGGUGACGAGCGGUUACAGCAACCCUACUUCAAUAUGGACAUCGUUCGUGAAGGAUGACCAACAUCUCAUAUACCAGCAGGGCAAGAACAGUUUGACUAAAGAAUUGUAUGACAGUGAUGGAACAAGCCAUCAUGAUGUCAUCUGCGAAGCCAAGUGGCUCCAUUACAACGACUCGGUAUACGCCGCAGCCACGCCAUCACUGAAACCCAACGUGACUGAGCAGUUUGCAGAGGAGGCAUGUCAGGAGUACGGACUUCACCUCAUAACCUAUGACUGGCUGCAAGCACAUGGCCAUGUAUUAAGAAACCGCUGGCUAGAUAGAUUGGCCCUUCGGCACGCACCUUACCACGUCAAACCAAUCCGAGUGAAUGGCAACUCCCAUUACAUAACUGUGACGUUUAGAAAUCGCAGUAAUCCAUUUCAAAAUUCCACAAUCAAUCGCCACGCCAAAAUCCUCUGUGUCAAGCACUGUGCUAAUGGCGUUCUGGCCCAGGACCUGAGUUGCAAGUGCAACCGCACUGUCUUCUAUGGAGAAUACUGUGAAAAGGACGACUGCAAGUGCUUGAACCAGGGUCAGUGUGACAACGAGGGUAAAUGCAUCUGCCCUACAAGAUUCUACGGAGAACAUUGCCAACUCGAGUGCAGAACAUGUCUGAACCAGGGUCGCUGUAAUGAAGACGGCACCUGCACCUGCGCUGAAGGAUGGACUAGUGACCAGUGCCAGACUCGGUGUGCGGACACGGACCCAUGCUGCGUGAACAAGCGCAUCGUGACACGCCGGGAUCAGGUCUGCCGCGCCGCCACCAGCGACUGUGACGUGGCGGAGUACUGCGACGGCGAGAAUGCCACAUGUCCACAGGACCUGACCGCACGCAACGGCUGGCCUUGCUCCAAUAGUCAAGCAUCCUGCUGGAGUGGAGUUUGCCAAUCACGAACUGGCCAGUGUCAGAGUGUCUGGAACGAUAUGGAUCAAGGGUCAGCUCCUGAGGAUUGCUUCGCGAUCAUGAACGUAUUUGGAGAACGUACGGGUAACUGUGGUUUCAAAUCGUCCAAUUCCACCCCAGGAACCUAUGCAGCCUGUGCGGCUGGAGAUGCCCUAUGUGGUAGUUUGUUCUGCCUUCCAGUUGCUCGAAAGAACCAACCCAGUAGUGGCGUUCUGUCCCAAACUAUUCCCGUACGCGGUGUUGGCGGUGUACUCAGGUGCAAUGGUUUGUACGCGUCUCCGCCAAGAAACCAUGAUGACCCAUCGCUCGUGAAGGACGGAACACGCUGUGAUGCCAGCGGCGCUAACAAGGACCUUGUGUGCCACAAGCAACGCUGCGUGGACCAGUCUCGAGUCACCAGUCAGUGUUCGGUCGAUGCUGACAGCGGCAAAGAGUGUGGUGGAGUCGGUGUCGGUACAAAUGUAACAACCUGCCUUUACCCACCCACACCUGGGAGCAACGAGUCCGCGAACACUACCCAGGCUGCUACACCCACGACCAGUUACUCAAUAACCAAACCAACAAGCGACCCAGCCACAACUACUCCAACCGAAGUCGUCUAAUAGAGUGAUGGUGAUGAACAGUGCAGUGCAUGAAGUGUCAGUAAUUGUAACUAGUUACGCAUAAACCGGGGGGAAUACUGCCGGCAGGACUGACCUGGUGCCCUUCCACUUACCCACCCAUCUUCCAUAGCAUCCACAAUUCGGUCCAGGAAACUCGACAGGCACAUGCAGUGUAACUCCAACAGAACGUUUCCAGGACGUGAAGAGCCCCUGCUAACCAAGUGUGUUUCCAGUCCUGAUAAUUUCCUCCCAUUGUAAAUUUCAAAUCUGCUAUUUCAGAUCAGUGGAAAUCUGAGGCAGACCGAUAUCCCAUAACCCGCUACGGCUGAGUAAUUAUGUCGUAUUUUAAUUAGUAAUUAUGCAUCUAUUAUUUGCAAGAUGAUGAGGGUUUAUCUCGACAUAGCAUACCUUAACUGGUUUAGUUUUGUUGUUGUGUAUUGUACUAGCACAUAUACAUAAGUCGUCUACAUUACUUAUUUAUAAACAGAUGUUCUCAGUUGUUACUUAGUCUUUUAAUGUGUUCCCCAAGUUCUUUGACUGAAAAUCUGGCAGUUUGGGCUCAAGUCAUUUGGCUCCAUUUUUUUUCUUUUUUCAUUUCUAA